AUGGCGGCGCCAGGGGCAGAGACCAAGGUGUACGUGGGGAACCUGGGCACGGGCGCGGGCAAGGGCGAGCUGGAGAGAGCCUUCAGCUACUACGGGCCCCUGAGAACCGUGUGGAUCGCGAGGAACCCGCCGGGGUUUGCCUUCGUGGAGUUUGAAGACCCGAGGGAUGCUGAAGAUGCUGUGCUUGGCCUUGAUGGAAAGGUGAUUUGUGGCUCCAGAGUUAGAGUGGAAGUGUCAACUGGGAUGCCUCGUCGCUCCCGUUACGACAGGCCUCCGGCCCGGCGCCCCUUUGACCCAAACGACAGAUGCUAUGAGUGUGGUGAGAAAGGCCACUAUGCUUAUGAUUGUCACCGCUAUAGUCGCCGAAGAAGGAGCAGGUACGU